AUGGAAGACAACAUAAAUAUUGACGACCAUCCUGCGCACAACGCUGCUCCGCCAAGAGCAGUCGAGCGAAACGAAGCGCUUACUUUUGGAGACUACACUGCUCCAAAUCAUACUCCACUACUUUCUUGCAUUCGUAGACCAGGAAACGGGCAAACCCGUCCCGAUCUACAACCCGCUUUUAUCCAGAUGCUGUAUGGGAGUGCUUUUAGAGGUAACUCUACGGGGGACCCCAACUUGCAUCUAACUCAGUUCAAGUCUCUUUGUCAGUCCGUUAGAGUGGCAAAUGAAGUUACCACUGAGGAAGUACUACUUCUUGCUUUCCCUUUCUCUCUAUCGAGAAAAGCACUUGAAUGGCUUUAUGCUCUGCCCGCAGAUUCGAUCCAUACUUGGGAUCAACUUGGUGCCGAGUUCAUGAACAGAUUUUUCCCUGCUCAUAAGACCCAACUUGCGAAGAACGGAAUUAAUUCCUUCUCGCAGGAACAUGGGGAGUCCUUGGGUAAAGCAUGGGAACGAUUUAAGGAAUACCAAAGAGCAUGCCCUCAUCACAACUUCGAUAGAUACUACCUUUUGUCGACCUUCCUAAAUGGGCUGAGAGAUGAGAUAAGGUUCUACAUUAGCUGUGCCAGCGGAGGUAGCCAUCAAAAACUAACCUUCGAUGAGUUGGAAGAAUCAAUUGAACGAAUGGCCAGUGAUAGAACCACACCAACCGAGUUCUCACGAAGAAAGGGGAAUGUAGAGAAUGUUAGUGAAGUAAACGCUCUUAAAGUUGAGCUAGCUGAGCUGAAAAUGCAAAUAUAUUCGUCGAACCGCGACGCUUUAGGUGAAACUUCGGAUCAACUCAGCGGAAACCAGUCUAUGUUCUCACAAGAACAAGGGGUUGAGGAUGUCAACUAUGUUGCAAACAAUCCUUAUUCCAACACCUACAACCCUGGCUGGAGAAAUCACCCUAACUUCUCUUAUAAGAGCAACAAUUAUCAAAAUGCUCCCCAAGAAAAUAGGAACUGA